AUGGUGGAAGCCGGGGUCGCGAGACCGUCGAAUAGUUGCUGGUCGGCUCCUCUGCACAUGGUGCCGAAGAAAGGAGAAGAAUGGCGACCCUGCGGCGACUACAGGGCAUUAAAUGCGCGAACGAUCCCGGAUCGCUACCCGACUUGGUACGCGCGUAUCACCAGAUACCGGUGGCAGAAGGACGUGCCGAAGACAGCAAUAACCACGCCGUUCGGCAUGUACGAAUUCCCGUACAUGUCGUUCGGCUUACGUAACGCAGCGCAAACCUUUCAGCGCUUCAUAGAUGAAGUUCUGCGCGAUUUUGAUUUCUCCUACGCGUACAUUGAUGACAUCCUCGUCGCGUCAUCCUCGGAGGAAGAACAUCGCGAACAUCUGCGGAUGUUAUUCGAGCGUCUACGAGAAUACGGGGUUAUCAUCAACCCCGCGAAGUGCAAAUUCGGCCAGAGCAGCGUGGAAUUCCUCGGAUACGAGGUGUCCGAAGGAGGAACUCGCCCGCUGCCGACGCGAGUGGAGGCGAUACUGACGAUGCAGUCGCCGAGGACGGCGAAAGAACUCCGAAGAUACUUGGGCAUGGUAAACUUCUAUAGGAGGUUCAUGCCCAAGGCCGCCGAAAUAUUGACGCCCCUGAGCGACCUUCUGCAGGGAAAUAUCAAAGGAAAGGCGACAAUAUCGUGGACGGCGCGGGCUCAACAAGCAUUCGAGGCAUCGAAGACCAAUUUAGCCGAGGCCGCCCUUCUGAGACACCCCAGGGCAAACGCGGAGCUCGCAUUGUUUACCGACGCGUCCGAACAAAGCAUCGGCGCGUCAUUACAACAACGAGGCAGUGACGGCUGGGAACCCUUAGCGUUUUUCUCGAAAAGGCUAAGCCCAGCCGAAACGAAAUACAGCGCAUUCGACCGAGAACUACUAGCAAUUUACCUGGCGGUGAAGAACUUUCGGCACAUGGUGGAAGCCCGCACGUUCGCAAUAUACACGGACCAUAAACCGAUAAUAUACGCAUUCCGCCAGAAGCCUGAGAAGAGCACGCCGCGACAAUUCCGCUAUUUAGAUUAUAUCGGACAGUUCACCGCCGACAUUCGACACGUGGCGGGCGUAGAAAACGUCGUGGCCGACGCGCUAUCGAGGAUAGAAAAGCUCAACUCUCCCCUGGAUUACGCCGCGUUGGCGGAAUCGCAGGAGAAGGACGAGGAGAUUGAGAAAUACUUGCGGCGAGAGUCCGGCCUGAAACUCAACAGGAUAGAGAUUCCCGGAACCGGGAGAAAAAUUUAUUGCGACACGACAACAACGAUACCACGACCGUUUUUGACAAGGCCUUUUCGCCGGGCCGCAUUUGAUCUGAUACACAAUUUGGCGCACCCGGGUAUUAAGACGACGGGCAAGCUCGUGGCACAGCGCUACGUUUGGCCGUCUAUGAACGCCGACUGCCGGGUCUGGGCUCGAACAUGUGUGCCCUGCCAACAAUCAAAGGUAUCACGACACGUGUCAGCACCGCUCGGAACAAUUGCUGCGCCAUCCAGCAGAUUCGAACAUAUUCACCUGGAUAUCAUCCUAAUGCCAGUCUCGGAGGGCAAACGAUAUUGCCUGACGUGUGUGGAUCGCUUCACACGAUGGCCGGAGGCGUUCCCGUUGCGAGACCAGGAGGCAGAGACGGUUGCGAGAGCCUUCUACGAAGGGUGGAUAUGCAGAUUUGGAGCACCUCUACGGAUCACGACGGACCAGGGCCGUCAAUUCGAGUCCAGGCUUUUCCGGCGGUUGAGCGAGCUUACGGGAGCGCGCCACCUAAGGACGACGGCGUACCAUCCGCAGGCGAACGGGAUGGUCGAACGGUUUCACCGACAACUAAAAGCAGCGAUCAAAUGCCAGCAGAACGACCGCUGGACCGAGGUGCUGCCGACGGUGUUGCUCGGGAUCCGAGCAGCCUGGAAGGAUGACCUGCGAGCGACCGCGGCCGAUAUGGUAUACGGCCAAACGUUGAGGAUUCCGGGGCAGUUCCUGAAUCGGCGACCGACGGAGGACGAGGACGACGCCGCCGAUUUUGUCGGAAAUCUGCGAGAGCAAUUCGAGAAGCUGCGACCUGUGGAUGGGACCCGACACGGCGAACGACGACCAUUCAUAUACAAAGACCUGGCGACGGCCGAGCACGUAUUCGUUCGACACGACGGGCCGAGGACGAUGCUACAGGCGCCGUACGAGGGACCAUUCGCAGUGAUCAGCCGCAGCGAAAAGAUCUUUGUCGUGCGAAUGCACGGCAAGAAAAAAACGGUCUCUAUAGACCGCAUUAAGCCUGCUUAUAUUUUACAGCCCGAAGCAGAAAACAGCAGCUCAGCAGGGUCGGCGACACGGAGCCGAGAGGGUGCGGUCGACGGACGAACAGCGCGAGAUCAGGACACCGAGGUCGAGCGGCGAGGCGCGCGAGAGGACGCGAGGCCGCUGCCCCGACUUAAUCUAUGUUUGCAGAUCCUCGUAGAAUACGACGACGUAGAGUGGCAAAGGAGGGAGUGGCUGUCGCCUCACAGGGAUGCCGUGUUCUCCUUCUUUCUCAUUGAACGAGGUCUCUAUUGGGCCGAACGACCUGACCCCAGACACGCCAGUCUCAUCCCCAUCGAUCAUCACAAUCACGCGAACAAUAACCACCAUCAGCACCGCAUUAACGGGAAACCGCUUAGAGGCGCCACAGCAGUCGCUGACACCGUUGCCUGGCCAGCUCUUACUUUCUAUCCUCUCGUGGCACGCGCUGAGUUGCACGAAGACGCCAUGCCGAUCGAGUUUAUGCAAGAUUGCAAACUGGACUUCGUCGAUUACUCGAAGCUGAAGCCAUUCACCCAGGACUGGGAGCUGACUAAGGGAACGAUGCCCUGGGGAAACGCCGUUCGGAGAUGGGCUGAAAUGCAGGACGGUCAGAGGAUCCUGCUGACUACGCCUAGCGUUCUGGUCGGUUUCAGAGUCGAAGUUUAUCGGGCGGAAGGCACCACACAAUGGUACACAGCCGUGAUCGUCGGUUAUAACGAGUCCACUAAGGAUUUGACUGUCACCGAUGACACGGUCCUCGAAGAUCACAACGAGGAUCCUACUUUAGUACAAAUGCGCCUGAUUGGCGAUGGAGUCGUCGAGAGCAUCAUGAGGGGCGAGGUCGUCGGCAUGACACCGAGGAGGUCGAGGUCAUCGACUGCUCUGACGCACGCGCUCGUGCCCCGACCCGGAAGAAGGCCACGAAGACGACCGGGAAACGCGGCGCAGUUACAGGCAACUCCGAGGGUACAAAGUCCGAUAUCUCAGCAUCUUGAAAAAGGUAAAUAUGCAGCAUGCUUAUUGCCCUCCGUCCCUCAUUCGGCGCUGCCUCGCCACGGUAAGAAAACACUUUCUGCGAUUCACUCUACUAGCCGCAAAGUUAAAUCAUCGAAUCAGAAGAAUAACGUCCGUAACAACCGACGUCGACGCGUGAGCGAAGGUGCUAGUCGUGAGAAGACCGAAAAGGAUUCGACAGAAGCGGCGUUAUCCACGCGGCAACAGGAAGAUCGAGAGAAUAAAGGUCCGCCGUCGGGCAAAGUCGGCAAUCGUGUAGCACGACCGGUGUUGGAAGAGGCGAACAGUGCGUCCGGAAGCGCCUCGAAGCUACGAAGACGCGGCGCCGCGGUAAAGAGUCCGACCGCCGACCAUCAGGCUCCGGUACAGAAUCAGAGACCGGUGCGAAGAAGACCGAGGCCAGGGAGCGGCCAAGAGGUCAAGCCAGGCGCGGAGGAAGAGUCCGCGGAGCACCAUCGUACCGGAAGUGGCGCGAGAGCCGACAAGGCCGACGAGCGUCUCGGUAGCAGAUCCGAGGAAGAGGAGGAAGAGGAAGAGGAAGAGCGAUCUCUCGAAAGGGAGAAUGCUGAGAGUCCGGAACGUUGCGAUCCAUUGACUAAGCGGCUAAGAACAAGCCCCGUCGGCAGAAAGCUCCGAUCCGAGAGUAGUAAGGGCAAAAACUCCGAGGAAGCUGCAGCGGAUCGGGCCGGGAAGGUGGUGGUGGAAGAAGACGACAACGACGACGACGCCGAAGCUGGUGCGAAAAAACACGACGGGGCUGAGAAGAAGGUCGACAAGCUCGAGGAGAACGAGGAGAGCCAAUCCAGAGAACGGGACAGAGAACCCGAGCCGCCACCUCCGGAUAAAGUCGAUCCUGGGGGUAGUCCAGCUUCCAAGGAACAACAGUCGGGUAACAAGUCGGAAUCAAGAAAGGACGCAGUCGAUCGAGAUAAGAUCGGCGAGUGCAAGGAACAACGACAACAACAGCAACAGCAGCCACCGCAGUUACUCGUGAAUGGAUUGCACGUCGAUUCGCCGCUGGUCAGCGAUAAGACGAAUGUCAUCCGCGAGGACAGCCCGUCGCUGCUGAAGUCGACGACACGAUCUAAGGCAAAGGGUUUUGAAGAGGACGGAGAGGACGCAGCGGCAGCGGCGGAGGACGAACGCGACGAGAACGCGAGCGAGGAAGAGGUGGGCUCGCAACGGUCGCGCCGUACGGAGCUGACCACCGAGUUAGGCACGGAGGAUAGCGUGGGUAGCGUCGGCGGCGCGAGGGCGGCCAGCGUCGAAUCGGUCGUCGAACUGCUGGAAUCGAGUAGUCAGGACUCAGGCUCCGUGCUGGAGAGGCUGAGUCCGCUUAGUAGCAGCGGCGGCGGCGGCCCCGGCAGGCAGAGCAGCCUGCUCCUGGAACAGCAGCGGGAGCAGGAGCGAAGUCGGCACAACGAGAGCCCGGUCAUCCUUGCCGAGAGACUGAACAAGCCGCCACCGCCGAUCGCCGGUCACCAUCACCAUCACCAUCAUCAUCUGCAGUCGUAUCAUCAGCCGCAUCACCAGCAACAGCAACAGUAUCAUCAUCACCACCAACACCAGCAGCACCAUCAACAGCGGUAUUCCGCUAGCAGUCCAGUGAUUCACCAUCACCACCAGCAGCAGCAGCAACCACCGCCGCCGCCGCAGCAUCAUCACCAUCAGUUAACGAGCAGCUCGCAUCAACACCAUCACCAUCCCGCCGCUCACUUGACCCCGUCGAGCCUCCUCGAGGUGCAACAACAGUCUCACACAUCGAGGGGUGGCGAUGAGGCCGGCGGCGGCCUCAUGGAGGUGGAGGCCGGGGCCGGUAUACCUGGUGCAGGCGUACUCGCUGGGGUGUCCGCGUCGGUCGGCGGCAUACGGACGUCGGGAAACAGCAGCAACAGCAGCGUCGCCGGCACUUACGGCGACAGCGGCUCGGACAGUGGGGUAAGCUCGCUGAGAAGCGCCGGCUCCGGUGACGAGAGAAGCGGCAGCAGGAGCUCGGCGCUCAGCGUCGAGGAGACGACGUCGUCCUCGGCACCAUCAGCAGCGGCGAUAGCCACAGCCGCCGCCCCGGCCAGAGUCUGGCACGUGCAGAGCAUCCAACAUACGGCUCUGCUGAUGGCGCAUCCCCAGGGCGCUCCGAACGCCCCCGCCAAUUCCGCGGGCACGGCGCCGCCCGGCUACACUCCGGAGAUGAUCUGGAGGCCUAUCUCGUCCAGGGCCUACCCGCCGUUGUCGCACACUCUCCUGGCGCCGCAACCACCCAGUCCGGAGGAGCUGCUCGAGAGGGACCGUCACGAGAGGAUGCUACGGGAACGCCGCGAAGCGGAAAUACGCGAGAUAGAGAAAUCCAAGAUGGAACGGGAGAGGAUCGAGAAGCAGAGGGCCGCCGAGCAGGCGGUUCAAAAGCACUUUGAGGAGUCCCUCAGGCUGCAUCAAAAG